CAUACACUCAACAAAGAUCGCUAAUCAACAUCAACAUCAACCGUAAUAUAUGACAAUAUCCCCGCACAGAACCAACUUCAUCUGCUCGUUACACGAAUCUAUCUCAACCAUUCUAUAGCCUAAUCACUCUCCAAAAAGAACCAUCAUGGCCCGACUACCCUAUCCAGAGUCGCCUAAACAGCAUGCCAAAUCGCAUUCUACUCUCAACAUCAUGAAACUUCUAUCCUACAGCACAGCAACUGUGAAUCACUGGGCAGGGCUAGGAAACGCCCAAUUCAAGCACUUAUCACUCCCAGCCAGAGACCGUGAACUGGUGGUUAUGUUGACAACGUCAAAGUUCAACUCAACCUACGAAUGGACCCAUCAUCUUCCCGUAUCCAUGAAGGCCGGUGUGACCAAACAGCAGCAAGCGGCGCUCAAAGCAUCUGCGAAGGAGAAGGAUUACUUCAUCGACAGGAAACUUGACAAUGGGGCGGCGGGAUUCAGCGACAAAGAUCUCGUCCUGCUCAGCUUUGUGGAAACAAUUAUCCAGCAGCCUGAAGUUAGUGAUGAGCUGUGGAAGAGCGUUAAGGGUGAAUUCUCCGAUAGAGAAAUCGUGGAGAUCAUCAGCCUUCAGUGCGAUUUUGAUGAUUGGGCCAAGUCUAAACUUUGA